AUAAUAUCUUGCACGUAUGCAAAACUGUGCACGAGAAACAUGGCAGAAUCAGAUCUUUACAUGCAAUGUGAUGAAGAUGAUCUGGAGCCAUGCCAGAGUUUUACAGAAAACAGGAACCAGAUAUAUAACAAAGUUACUGUAGUCCCAAGUGGUAAUGAUGCACUGAUACCAAUAGAGUCUGAUGGCACCUCUGAACCAACAUCAGUUACUACUGACCCCACAAAUCAAGCAGUGCCUUUGGCUUCUGCUCCUGCUGUUACGUUACUGCCUAAUGCUGCCCAACCAGCCGGAGCUGCAGGUGGCCAAACUAUUUUCAUCAGUGCACAGCCUAAUCCAGGACAGCCUCUGGCAGGGUCAAUGAGUUUGGGAUCAUCACUUGGUUACCUUUUGAAUGGACAGCCUAUUAGUUUUCUGACUUCUGCUCAGACACCCCAGUUAAUUGCUCCUCGGAUGGUUAGCCCAGCAAGUUCAGUACAGCAAACAACCCCUGGAAAAAUGCCUACAUUGCAGAUCCCAGUCACUUUGACCAUCAACAACCCCUCAAACUUACAAAGCAUCACCUCGUCAGCCCCUGGAGUGACCACUCUUAACGUGACACCCUCCAACGUCCUACCAGCUACAAAUCCAGGAGCAACAAUAAAAGUAAUAAAGUUUACAAAGUUUACUGGAGCACCUGGAGCUGCUGGUCAAGUAGUGAGUUCAUUAGUGCAGCCCAACAAAGCCGUCACCAUCCAAAACAAUAUAACAAACAGAGCUCCAGCUCCGGUCCUGUCUGGUGGGCUUUUUCAAGUCACGAAACCUCAAGCGCAAAACCUUGUUCUUUCUGCUACCACAGCAACUAACGCAUUGAAGAGAGGCUCCAGCUCAUCAAAAUUCUGUGUUCGCUGUAAAGCCUUUUACCAAAAGAGCCAGUCCCUCCGUGGAUACUACUGUCAAUGCAAUCAAGAACUUAUCAAGAGCGUCCAUGAGCUGGCAGCCCAAACUAGAAAAAGGAUCAAGCGCACAAGUGACAAAACCCGCUCAAACCCCUCCACAUCUGAGACUCCAGUUUCCUUUUCCACAACCUCCGAAACAUCUCUUACACAAGUCACCACUUCUGAAAUACCUGAGGGAGCACCUAGUCCUCGCUCUGGGGAUUUUGACGAACAGGGCAGAAUGAUCAUGUUAGUUGAAGACUUCUUCUAUGGGCAGCACCCUGGCCAGCCUGCACCAGUAAGACCCGAUGCAGAGCCUAUCACGAUGAAAUGCCAACUUUGUGACAAGAAGAUGAAGGGCAACAUCAAGAUGAUAAACCACACAAAACACCACAUGGAGCACCAAACAGGGGAAGUAGACUAUCAUACUAUGUGCCAGCACUGCUACAGAAACUUCUCAACACCUUUCCGUCUGCAGUGCCACGUUGAGACAGUCCAUAACAAAGCAGAGUCUUCAAAAGUGUGUAAGAUCUGCGAGUGGUCCUUUGAGACCGAACCUCUCUUUCUGAACCACAUGAAACAUGCACACAAACCUGGCGAGAUGCCCUACAUGUGUCAGGUGUGCGAGUUCCGCUCCUCUUUCUACGACGAUGUUAUAAACCACUUCACAGAGCAGCACAAAAACACCUGCAUCCUAUUGUGUCCCUAUUGCUUGAAAGUAUUUCGGUCUUGCGGAGGUUUCCAGAUGCACUUCACCAGACAUCAGAAAAAAACAGCGAGGCACUGUGACAAAUGCAGACUUCAGUUCAUCCGUGAAAAGGACGAGUGGCAUCACAGACAAAAGUUUCACAGGACUUUUGUCAAGCCCAAGCAACUGGAGGGCCUUGUGCCCGGCACUAGGGUAACCAUCCGAGCUUAUGCUGACAGUACUGACAACAGAAAUCAUGUAGUAGCACCUCCACAGAGUACUCCUUCAAACACCACAUCAACAACUGUAGCAUCUCAAAAUGUAACCAAGAAUGUCACUCCCAUGAAGAAAAAGCCAGUGGAAAGCAUGGUGGAGCUAAUGGUCAAGUUGCAGAGUCAGUGCAAGCCUGCAGAAAAACACUACUGCAUGGAAUGCAACUAUGAAAUUCCGUAUUUUUCCAACCAUUUCCCCACCUAUGUGAGCUGUUCCCUCUGCCGAUACAACACCUGCUGUUCCAGAGCAUAUGCCAAUCACAUGAUCAGUGUACAUGUUCCUCGCAAAAGCACCAAAAAAUAUAUCACCCUAUACAAGCCCUGCCCAAAGAAGGGGCGGUUGAGCUGUACCACAUGUAGAUACAAAUCUCAGGUUGGAGAUUUGAUGGCCAAACAUCUUGCAGAUUAUCCUACACAUCAAGCAAGCCGGUGCACCAUACGGGAAGGAUUUUCACGUGGCUACAAAAGAUUUGUCUUCAUCCCAACGGACCUUCUCAGAGGAGGUUCAAGACUCAACAGUGGGGUCUUUUUGCCUUUGCAAGUGAAGCAAGGGGACGGGAGUUCAUUUCCUUUUCCCUCGAAACCCCCUCCUCGACCCAGCUACACAAUAAUGCUCCCUGCUAGCCCCGCUUCCACGCCAGUACUUCCCAUUCAGGUUCAGCCUAUUGAACAAAGUGCAAUUCCAGACAAAAACCAUGAAGCCAUGGCAGAUACUUCUAAGCCAACUUUGAAUGGAGGGCUUUCUGAAGUCAACACAGAACAUACAGUGGAAAAAUCAUUUACUGUCGCACAGCUGAAAGUCAUACUGUACGCCCUCUGCUUCGGGGUCCCCCAGGCCGCCAAUCACUUCGACACCCCACCAGAAGAAGUCCAGUCGUUGCUUAUGAAACGGCAGCUUCAGCUUGAUCCCUUGAGAAGCCGAGAAUGCUUGACAUCACAGGUGGCUGAUAGCUUAGUCGAAUGGGUGCUAUGCCAACGUGAGCAACAACUACCUAUCGACGAAGCGAAUCUGUUCGGGUUCCUGAGCAGUCAUGGUGCACGAGAUAUCUCUUACAACUCAGUUGUCGAUUUCUUUCUACGCCACGAUCUAGGCUUGCAGGCGUUUGCAACAUCCAACAAGUUGCUACCGUACAAAUCCCAGGAGCUUGAAAGCUCCUUCAGCAGCUUUCUGAAACAGCAAGUCGCCUCACAAACCUUUAGGUUGUCUUCUGUUGGCGCCAUGGAUGAGCUUUCCAUCUUUGUGGAUAUGGAGCAGCUGGAUGAAGCCUCUGCGGAUUCGUCGUCCAUGUUGUCUGCUUUUAAGUUGAUGGGCACCACAGAUCCUCUCAUAGAUGUUGUGUUCACAGCCCUGGCUGAUGGAACCACAUUAUCCACCAUGGUUUUUCUCAAAGGCGAACCUCUUGAAAAGGAUGCAAGUUUGUUGCCAGACUUCUUCAUCCUGGAGGCUAGACCAGAAGGGUUUACAGAUGAAGAACGACUUCAGCUUUGGUUGAACAAGGUGUGGUGUCGGUACAUCGAACCUGGUUCUGGAGGCAAAGGGUUGCUGAUGAUGGACACGUACAAAGGUCACAUGUCCAAUGAGUUCUUGGUGACGCUCAACAGUGCAAACACCCUUCCAGGUCUGAUCCCUCGUGGUUGUUCUCGUCGUCUACAACCUCUCGAAGCCUGCAUGGGGCCGGUGUUACGUGAGUUUCUGCAGGCUCGCUGGAGCGAGCGUGUGACUAAGGCACCACAAGAACUGGUUGGAGCCAAACCAGCUGACCUUGCCCUUCUUCUGUCUCGCUGGCUUAUCGAGGUACUGGAUGUUCUUAAAGCCGAGCCCAAACUACUUUUUCGCUCUUUUGAUCGGGUUUUGAGCACAAACCCAGAGGUGCCAUCUGAGGAACCCUCUGAGCUGGUGCGAAGUCUUACUGAAGCUCUCCUUGUCAGUAAAUCGCAUGGAGAGAAAGUUGAGGAGCAGAAAGUGGAGACCUCCAGUGUCGUUUCUGCAGAAUCUCUGUCCUCUCUGCAAUCCGGCAUGCUUGCGUUGAGAAAGAUCUUUGAGAAGGACAGCGACGUGGAGUCUUUCCAUGGUUUCGAGGAUUCAGAAAUUAUAGAUCAUUAAGUCUUUUAAAUGGGAACACAGUUGUUGGAUCUACAGGUCAAAGAUGUUUUUGAAAUCUCCAGGUGUUUUGUGCCUUCUUCCACCUAGAUUUCAUAUUUUGUCAGUAAAAUUGUGAAAUCAACUAUGAAUAUGAGUCAUGCAAAGGCAGGUUAUUGCUAGCUUGUGUAAAUAUUUGUUCCAUUAAUGGGUGUUAAAGAUCCCUAGUAUUAAGUCCAAUGUAGUUAUGGCUUCUAUUGUUCAUUGAACUACAAAUGUGCAACGCGUUACCCCUUGUGGUUUAGUUUAUCAUUGUUUGCCUUUACAUCAGGUUUGAUCUGUUAUAAUAUAAUGUGCAUAAAUGUAAAUAGAAAUGAUUUGAAAUCAUUACUUACUGUAUUUAGGGUUAUACUGUAACAUACUUGAUCACAUGUUCAUGAAUAAACACUUUUAGGUAUGUAA